AUGGCGUGUGUACCAUUGGUGCCCGAAGUGCGACGAGCAGAGUUCGGUUUCCGCAUCGCGGAGUCGCUGAUCGCGUUGAGUGCGGUAACCGACAGGCUCACUAAUGUGGUGAAUGCGCGGUUGGAUCUUCUGGAACAGCGGCUGGUAGUGAUCAAAUCUCGAGUUGACGCUGCUAAUGAGAAUGUUACAAAAGUCGCUGGAACGAGAAAGGCAAUCAAGGUUUAUGCAAGUCCACGCUUCCCCGAGAAAGCGAAUUCCCAACAAAAUUCGAGAACGUUUUUGCGCUCCAAGUUCGUGAAUACAACUCCCGAGGAGAAGCAGAUCCACCGUGGGCCUCCAGAUCCUAUUUCGGAGAUUCUAGAGGAAAAAUUGCAGCUGGUUCACGUUAAACCGAAGGUUCGCGAAAGUUCGAAUCACCAAUGGUUCUCUGGACUUGGACUCAUCCCGGAGUCAGUGGAGUCGGUAGACUCCCUGCUUCUUUUCAACACGUCUGAUAAUCCGUAUGAGCGUUAUUUUCUAACGGACCCAUUGUCGGGAGAAGCUGUGAAUCCAAGCAAAUUUCGAGAGAUUGAAGAUAAAAAUACGUUGGUGGAUGCCCCUCUAUCCAUUGCCCAGCGGGAACAGUUGCUGCCUCCGGAGAAAGAAUCAUUUUUAUAUAUGCCUUCCAUUGGGAAUAUUCCUGAGUUCGAUAUUCCUGAUCAUCUUCCAGAUCUCGACGGGGUUGUUGAAGACUUGGAAUGCGAAGUCGACCUGGGACCGGGAAUCGCUCCUUCGAUUCCGGAUUCGUUAAGGGACUUCUUGCUGGACUCGGCAUCGCGAAGUAUGCCGACCCCGAUGAGUGUUACUGCGCCGGUGAAAGUUUCUCAAAAGUCGGUCGGAAGUGUGCCGGUACCUGCCGAACCUUCGGUUGUCCAUAUUGUGACGACGACCGUGGAAAUACCGACCACGGUGCUGAUAUCAGCAGAGAAUCAGAUUGCUGCAGUCGCUGGUCUUCCUCCUCCGCCACCACCGCCGCCGCCGCCCCCACCACCGCCACCUCCUUUGCCGCCACCUGCCAUACCUGCUGCCAGUGUUGAGGUACCCGAUGGAGGGAAUGCUCGUGCGAGUUUGAUGGAGGCUAUAAGAAAUGCUGGAGGAUCUGGUAGUGGAAAGUUACACUCUAUAAAACAGCGGAAAAUGGAGGCAAAGAAGAAAAUCCAGGAAGACAAGGAAGUCGGGAUGUCUGGAGGAAGCGAUCUUAUGGCUGCUUUGACUGCUAAGCUGGUUUUAAGGAGAAAAGCCAUCUCGGGAUCGAAGGAACCGAGGGAAUCUUCAUCCUCUUCAGCGAGCCAAAUCUUCUCAAGCCCUCUCGAAUCAAUCGCAGCUUUGAUUCCACCGCCGCCGACCGGGCAAGAUUUGUCUUCAUCAGUUGUUCGAUUGGCGAGGAAGAAUACGACCAUGCUGCACGUGGAUGAUAUUUCUAGUGAGGAAGAAGAUGCCGUUGAAGACGUGGGCAAAAAUGUCGAGGGGAAGCGGCAAAAAACGGACUGGCAGCAAAAUCUUCAGAAUCAGAUUCUAUUGAAACGGCUUCCAAUGAGUGCGACCGAGUACAUCAUCCGAUCCAUGUUCCAAAAAUUUGCGAGGCCUCUGGAUGUUUCUGUGCGCAGGUCCAAAACUGACGACAAGAAGUUCGCCUUUGUUCUGUUUGAUUCUCCGAAGUCUGCUCAGCAAGCCAAAAGUGCUGUCAGGCAAGUUGAGUUCUUCCGACGCAUCGGUCUUCAAGCUACGUCGCGGAAGGAAAGAGUUGAUCCUCUUCGAAAUCCCAUGGAUGACAUAGAUCCUGAAAUUCAAGAACUCAUUCAGAAUUUUGAAAAAGAUGCGUCCUUGAACGCGGGCAAUAAAGAGCAUGAUAAUGUGAAAGACGAUCUUGCGGUUAGUGCAGAGCUUCAGGAUGAUCAGAUAGUGACGAGCGUGGAUCCGUCUGAAAAUGAUGCUUCAGAGAACGACGAGGACGAGUCGAAUGAAGAAGACGAUGACGAAAACGUCAUUGUCGCUGGAAAUCUGAAAUUUGCUGUCUUACGGGAGGAUUUGCGGAAGACCAAGUUCUGUGUCGCCUGCGGCAUUGGCGCGUUUUCGCUGAUUUGCAAACAUUGCGAAUCCUUGCUCUGUGUCAAGUGCUCGCAUAAUCAUUCUGCAGGCUGUAGCGAAGGGAAGUAUGGGAAGAGCGAUGGUUCCGCUGUGCUGAGGCUGGAAAAACUUGGCCAAGAGAAUGUUAAGAAGGAUCAGAGCGCCGCCAUUUUUCCAUUUUUCCGAUACGUUUCCAAGGAAGACGCAUUGAAAUUUUCUGGCAAUUAAUUGGGCUCAAGUAAAUUUCUCGUUCCGGU